AUGGAUAUUGAAAGCGUUUUGCCUCGUCACAUAUUUUACCUCUAUGGACUUUAUUAUUAUAAAAAUUUAACUUUAAAAAGACAACUAGAGAGUAAAAGUGAAGCUUUAUUAAUUUUAAAUAAAGAAUUAGCGGAAUGCAGAUCGGAAAGAGAUCAAUUCAAGUUGAUGGCUGAAAAAUUACAAGAAAAAUGUUCAACAUUAAAAAAAAAUUCAUUUAAAGAAAGUAGUUUAUUUAAUGAUAAUUAUGAUGAACCAAUCUCUCCAACAAGCUCCGAUUCCAAAGAUGUUAAUCGUUCUUUAAAGUUUGAAGUCGAUUGUCUGAGACAGAAAUUAAGAGAUGCAUUAGGUGAUGUGAAGGCGCUUAGAAAUCAGCUUAAUGAGCAAAAAUUAAUGCCUGUCGGUAUUGAUUCAUUGUCGUUAAAACAUUUGGAUAAACAGGAAGCUUUGGUAAAACAAAUUGAAGCCAUGCACAAGUUAAAAAAUCAAUUAGAAAUUGAUUUGCAAUCUGUCAUUGAUGAAAAGGAAGAACUUAUAACUCAAAGAGAUGCUUAUAAAUGUAAAGUGCAUAGGUUAAAUCAUGAAUUUAGUGUUUUAUUGAAAAGUUCUAAUCAUAGUGUUAUUGAUAUUGAUUCUUUAAUUAUGGAAAACAGAUUUCUUCAAGAGCACUUACAGCAAGCACAAGAAGAAAUUAAUCUUGUUAAUCAAACUUCUAAUAGAUAUAAGAGCCUGUUGGAGAAAAAACAUAAUAAAGGUGCCAUUAAAUUAGCCCUGGAAAAUCUUUCAGGAAUUUCUCUUUCCCCCGAGCAAGUUCAAGAAUUGUUUGAAACCAAUUCUACUGAACAAAUUCCAAAUAGUGUUGCAGCAACAAUCAGUGACUUGAAAUUCAUGUGUUUGGCUUUGUUGGAAUAUUCGAAUGAUAAGAUUUUGGCCCUUUCGCACCAAAAACGAGCCAAUAGAAUUUUAGCAGCCCAAAUUUGCGAGUUAGAACACAGGGUUGAAAAUUUACAAGGAUCUCAAUUAGUCAUGUUUCCAUCUCAGGUUCUUUUAGAAGGUUAUUUAGAUUCAGAUGUUAAGGGUAGUAAUAUAAGUAAACAAUGCAGUACUGAUAGUUUGGAUGAUAAAAUUGAAAAAGAAGACAAAUGCAAAAAGGAAGAUUUAAGUGAAAAAUAA